CGCCUUCGGACCGAUUUAAAAGUCCAAAAAAAUAGAUAAAUAUUAUUGGAAAAUGCAUUAUCUUGCUUAUCUAAAGUGCUAACACGAUGUCCGCUGAUAAAAGGGUUAUUGUACGUUAGUUUAAUUAGUUAGUAGACCAUCGGUGGUUAAUUGAUAAGUUAAACAUGGUGUUGUUACAAAUAAGUGGUUUUAUCACCUGGAUUUUCAUUCCAUGGAAUGUGCUCUUGCUGUUUAUUAUGGUUUUGGCCGCUAUAGGGAAGUCUGUGGGAGUGAGGAGGCUCUACAUAAAAAUUCUCCUGUAUGUUUUCGAGUUUGGCAGAAAAAGCAUCGAAGCGGCCAAUAAACGCAAACACAGAAGAAUUUUGGCGCAAGACUCCGACUCCUCUGACGAGGGGUACGAGGAGGGCGCGCCAAAAAUUGAAAAUGACUCCAUAAUUAGCAGAUCUGCCGUGAACAAUAACGAAACUGGUCUAAUUUGUCGUGAGAAAGAACUUAUUUUAGUUCCAGAGACCUUACCUGAACCAGAAAAUCAACAUGAUAAAGAGGAAAAGAUCAACUUUGAUAUUAAACACUGGCUAAAGACACUGGAUUACGUUAAAAGUGGUAUUGAGGCCAUCAUAGAAGACCAGGUAACCUCCAGGUUCGAAAUCCAAGAGCUAAAAAAACUGGAAUUUCUUAACACGAACAAAUUAUAACUACGAGUUCAUUUCAUAUAAACUUACCAUUCUGUGGAUCAUCGGAUUUUUACUCAGAUAUUUCGUGCUGCUUCCAUUGAGGAUUUACAUGUUUGCCUUUGGGAUUUCUUGGUUAUGCUUCAUUACAACCCUAAUAGGCAACCUACCGGAUUCCGCUGUUAAAAGGUGGUUAAACCAUAGAUGUUACCUAACGGCCCAUAGAAUCCUCACUAGGUCCCUCUCGGCAGUGAUAACGUUCCAUAACCAAGAAUUUAGGCCUCAAAGGGGCUCAAUUUGCGUUGCGAACCACACCAGCCCCAUCGACGCUAUUAUUCUGUCCAAUGACAACUGUUAUUCGUUGAUUGGCCAAAAACACA